AUGAACCCAGUUCAAACUGAGGCGCAGGCUUCUCCAUCUUUCUCCCUCCUGCUCUUCACACCUUACCCAUCGCCACUCAUCCCAUCGCCCAUCAUGAAAGAAGCCCCAACACAACUCGCGGAUGGCGAACGAACAGCUCUGUCAGUCGAUGACGUCGAUCGACUUGCCGCAAUACGGUCCUGGCCCAGGACACGGCUCAGGUAGUUGUCACAAUGCUUGGGAAGUGUCGAUUGAUCGAUCUCUCAACAGGGAUGCCUCCGUGUAGUAAGUAACGCGAACAGAAAAACGUCUAGGGGAGCAGCCCAUUGACAUGAUGUCAACCAACCAUCCAUCCAGCCUCAGACGCAGAUACCGAACUGUUCUCGAGACAAAUCGGCCUCGAGCUCGCAACACCCGAAGGGGUCGUCGUGGAAGCUCUGCAACGAAUACGGGACAAGUUGCAGCAUGCAGCAUAGCUACGGAUUCGAGUAAGUGACUUCAUGAACUGUGCUCUAGGUGUGGGAUUGUUCAGGAGCUAAUGGAAAACUACCAAACAGCAAUUCCCUUCAACACGUCUUCGUUGAAUGUCAACCCUCGAGUUGCUUUCCUCCACCAUCAAUUGGUGACUGCAUUCGUGAGUUUCACGUGACAUUGGCUGUGCACGCAGGUAUGACGGAAAAACUGAACGAAAAACAGACAUUGUAUCGUCAGUGACAGGAGGUGCCCUAUCAUAAGCGGGGGCACCCACCGUGGCCUGUCUGGGAAAACGACAUCGAUGCCCACAAACACCCCUUAUUCUACAACAACGCUCGCGAAGGAAGCAGGCCACGGGAAAAUACAGCGGAAGAAUUGACUUCGUACGGUUGAGAAUCCGGGUCCAUGGGACACUAGAUGUGAGUCUUCACUGUCAUUGCUACAGAUGGACAACAGCAAGAAUACUGAUAGUUGUAAUAAACGAAUCACGCAGAAAAACAGGCUCUGGUUCCGUGGAUUGCGGCUCACCAUCCCGUGGCAGAUCCUCAACGGCUCGGUUCGGGGGAGUGACCGUCGUGUUGGCAGGUGUGUGCCAAUCUUUCAAAAGCAAAACGCAGGGCAGCAUGACUAACUGACCGGUUGGACUGUAACAUCACAGGAAAUCCGAAGCAAUGCCUUCCCGUUAUUCCACGGCUCGGUUCGGUGGAGUGACCGUCGUGUUGGCAGGUGUGUGCCAAUCUUUCAAAAGCAAAGCGUAGGGCAGCAGGACUAACUGACCGGUUGGACUGUAACAUCACAGGGGAUCCGAAGAACCCGUUAUUCCAAGUCAUCGCCUGCACAAAUUGUCGACGCUUGCAUCAUGGAAUGCUGACUUCUGGGGGGAAGUUGAUAGCCGAAAAAGUCGAAUACUUCCGACAUCGAGCAAUUCUGGCGCCCAAAGAUUCGCAGGUGGAUCAGAUCAACGACAUGGUGCUCGACCUGCUGCCGGGUGACGCUCAAACGUUCUACAGCCCGGAUUCGGUCGUCGAAAACGAAGACGAAUCACUGUUCUCGAUCGAGUAUCUUCAGAGUCUCAACAUCGUCGGGAUGGCGUUGCUCCACACUCGACGCGGGUCUUGACGACGGUCUGA